GUUCCCAGCGUGAUGACUUCGGCUGCCAGGAAGCUUCGGGAAGGUUACUGAGCGCUUACAUCAGAGUGUCACUGCCUGCGCAGUGUGUUCAGAGUGCUGGAGUUUCUUGGAGCUUGUGGGUUUAUCGUCUAAGGCCUCUGCACACAAACUGACACAAGAUGUUUGCUGUAAGGCUAGCAUGCCUUAAAAGCGUUCCCACGCUCAUCCGCCCAGCGCUGAUUCAGCCGGCACCAACUUUAAGGAACACCGCUCUCAAGACAAACCAAUGGCUCUUGCAGCCGAACCAGGGUUAUUCCACUAAAACUAGAUUUGGUAUGCGUCGUGCAAAGACCGCACGUGAAGAAGUCAAAGAAGCAGCAUUGGAGCCAUCAGUGGGAACAGCAGCACGUUUUGAUGCAACAGGGAGACUGAUUGUUGCUGGAAGUGCUGUGAUUGGUCUUGGGGCGCUUUGUUAUUAUGGAUUGGGAAUGUCUAAUGAAAUUGGUGCCAUUGAGAAGGCUCUUGUUUGGCCUCAGUAUGUGAAGGACAGAAUAAGAUCCACAUAUAUGUACUUUGCUGGCAGCAUUGGCUUUACAGCCCUCUCUGCUGUUGCUGUCAGUAGGUCUCCUGCUCUUAUGAGUCUUAUGAUGAGAGGAUCCUGGCUGGCUAUUGGUGCAACCUUUGCUGCUAUGAUAGGCGCUGGCAUGCUGGUUAGAUCGAUAUCAUAUGAUCAAAGUCCUGGAGCUAAGCAUUUGGCUUGGAUGUUGCAUGCUGGUGUGAUGGGAGCAGUGAUUGCCCCACUAACCUUACUUGGUGGUCCUCUGCUUAUCAAAGCUGCAUGGUACACCGCUGGAAUUGUAGGUGGACUCUCAACAGUAGCAAUGUGCGCACCCAGUGAAAAGUUUCUAAACAUGGGGGCUCCGCUUGGUAUCGGUUUGGGCUUGGUUCUUGUUUCCUCUAUUGGCAGCGCAUUCCUUCCUGCUACAUCUGUACUUGGCGCCGGACUUUAUUCAGUAGCUGUGUAUGGAGGUUUAGUUCUUUUUGGCAUGUUCCUUUUGUAUGACACACAGAAAGUCAUAAAACGUGCGGAGACCACUCCCAUGUAUGGGAUGGUGAAAUAUGACCCUAUAAAUGCGUGCAUGGGAAUUUACACCGACACUCUGAACAUCUUUAUCCGUGUGGCCAUGAUGCUGGCUGGUGGAGGCGGAAGCAGGAAGAAAUAAAUUGGUGCAGCUCUCAUUAUCUUGUAUUGAUUGCCGGAGCACUUUACUUAUCUGUUGGACUAUAAAUAUAUGCUAAUGUAUACAUCAUCAACAAGACUACGUUUAUCUGUGCAAUAGAGCCAGAAUCAAGUUGAUUGAAUCUGUUCUAAAAAGCAUUUACUCUGAAUAAACACACAAUUCAUAAGAAUAAUUUAGGAUAGGAACAAAGAAUGCUAUAGAACCAUUCAUCUCUCCAGCAGUAACAGCGCAGGAUGCAAGGAAAAUGAUUUCAUAUUCUGAAAUUAAAUUGCAUGGUAAAACAGUACAUCUUCAAGAAAGCCUUCCAUAAAUGCAGAGGGUGUAGAGGUGAGAAGAUUUGUUUGCAAUUACCUAUGUGCAACAGAAUUCAAUGAAGUCAUGUCAUAUUUUGAAGCAUAUUUACUGAAGCAAAAAGAUAGCAUUUAUGCCAACCUCAGAAAGUAACAUUUUAUUUUAUCCCUUUCAGUCCUGAGGAGUUGUUAGAAAUAGCAGGU